UGCAGUUUCUACCUGGCCUGACUGUCAGGAAAAACAGGAAGUAGGAGAUUUCUAGGUUACUGGAUUCAGUAUUUUAACGACACAGCCGAAAUGCACACGGGGAAAAUGGUGCAGAGCACUGUUAAAUAUAAAGUACUUGCAAACGACGUGCAAGAUGGAAACGAUUGCACUGAAGAUGAGGAUGACGAAAUUACGAUAGAUUUCCACUCACUCAUCGUUCAGCAAAGAAGGACAAGAAAAAGAGACACCUGUGUCAGGGUCACAGUGGCUGUGAUUCUGCUGGGAAUUGUUUUUGGAUUUAUGAUCUAUGAGUGGAAUGGCUAUUGGCCUGGAGUUGAGCAGCGUCAGGACCUGUUAAAUCAUCAAGAGGCUAACAAGACACACAAGACUUCUGAGGAUGAAGAGAACGACCAGCACGAACACCACCACGAUGGUGACCAUGAUGACCAUGACCACAACCACGAAGACGGACAAGAUCAUGAUCAUGCUCUUGAUCAUCAUGAUGAUCAUGCUCAUGAUCAUAAUCAUGAUGAUCAUGCUCAUGAUCAUAAUCAUGAUAGUCACACUCAUGAGCACAGUCAAUCACUGUACCACAAUGCUGCUAUCAUCACAGACUCAGCAAACUGCUCCAGUAUUGGUAAGGAGCUUCUUCAGGAGAGAGGGAAUGUGGUUGAUGCAGGGAUUGCUGCUUUACUCUGCCUAGGAGUUGUUCAUCCACACACUGCUGGAUUAGGUGGAGUGUUUUCUGCAAUUUUGUACAAUCACACUACAAGAUCAUUUAAAGCGAUACAUGACACCUCUCAGAAGCUGCCUACAUAUGGUGCUCCCUCAUUAUUGCAGGGCCUUCAACUGCUGCAUUCCAACUACGGGCAUUUAGAAUGGAGUCGACUUUUUGAGGGCGCCACGAAAGUCGCUAAAGAGGGUUUCCUUAUCGAUGGAAUCCUCUCCAGGGCUUUAGAAACCCACAAGGACAAAAUACUCCAGUCAGGACUGUGUGAUCUGUUCUGCGAUACGGCCGGCCGUGUGAAAUCAGAGGGCGAGCGUGUCACCAACAGGAAUCUAUCAAACCUUUUACUGAGCGUCAGCCUAAAUAGCUCCCAUUUCCUGGAAAACCUGGCCGUAAAAUUGGCUCAAGACAUUUCUGAAGCAGAGAGACCAGCUUUCCUUGCUGCCACUCAGGCCGGCAGCGGAGAAAUCAAUGAGCCCCUUAUCAUGGCAGAGGAGAAAUACAGCAUUCUCUCACCCCCCUACCAGCUCACAGGUGGAAUGGUAUCCAACAUAUUAGAUAGAGUCCGAGAGCAAAAUCUCACUUUUCCGAGCCACGGAGAUCUCGGUAAUGCCUUUGGCUCUUAUAAUGCCCUCCUAAAUUUGGCGAAUGAAUUCUUCAACACAAGUCAGAGAGAGAUAUUCACAUUAAAUACCACAAGCAGUCAUGUAGGAGUCCUCGAUAGUCUCGGCAAUUUCAUAGUAAUUUCCACCUCGCUCAACAGCACAUGGGGAUCUGGGCAAUACUUACCAAGUAGCGGAGUGAUUCUCAAUGACUUUACCUCAGACAUCACUCAGGAGCCUUAUUUUAGUUUUCCUCUAGUGCUAAAUAUAACUGAAGAUGGUGCGGAUGAUCCUGAGGAGAAGCAGUUUGUGGCUGUGACCGGAGGGCUUUCUGCCCUGCUUCAUUCUGUGGUUAUGUUGAGAAACCUGGCUGACGUUGGACUGUCUGCUUAUGAGGCUGCGAGCAGCCCUCUGCUCCACAUAGAGCAGGGGGGUGCUGGGUCUCUGUCUGGCUGUAUUUCUAGUGUCACAAACAGCUCUGUUGUCUUCCGGUUGCUUUCAGAGGGAGAUGGCCCUGUACGGGAGGUGGGAGAAUGUUCAGAUUGCUUUCUGUCCAUCCUGAUGCAACUGAGAGCAGAACAUGUAGGAGCCUAUGGAGCCCCUGCUACUGAGGUCCAUGCUGAUGGAUACUAAUGCAAAAAAAAAAAAGAGAGAGAGAUCUGGACAGUAGUGACAUAUCAUGUAAAAAUGAUAUUUUAUGCACUUUAAGAGCAUUGCACUCAUACCCCACAUGACUUACGUUAUGUUCAGCCUCACAAUACUGGGAAGGACAUCUAUAUGAAUGUAAUUUUUGUUUGUGCUAAAAAAUGUUUCCUGGUGAUUUAAAAGACGUAGUUUUUUUUUUUUUACACAAGCAAGUUAUUUCCCUAAAUAUUCUCUCCCUUUCUAGAAGUGGCUUUUUCUCAAAUGCCUUUCUGAGAUGUCUUUUGUUUAAUCUUGUGAAUCAUAGCCUAUGCAAUACGCACAGACCGUAACAGGUUAAUCGAUUUGAUAAACCUGAUGAGCGAAGGACUGCCGCUUUAUAAAAUUGUUUUGAAAAGAUCAGUUACCAACAAACACCUACAGAUAUUUUUAUGUAGUUUUAUACAUUUUUUAAUGCUUGACUAGUAUGCGUAUUUGAAGGUUAUUUGCUUCUGGACUUGCUGAUGUCAGAAUUAUGUGAUUAUUUAGAUGAAUUCAUGUGAGAUAUUUAUGAUUUGUGGGACAAAAAGCUUAAUUCUUUUGUUGUUUGUAAGAAUCUCAUGAGAAAACGUGACUAUUUUAUGUGGCUGCAGUUUUGUAUGAAUUCAUACAAUGUGAAUCAUAUGGAAAUGUAUGAUUUUUAGGGGAAAAAAGGUCCACCACAAAUCAUGAAUAAUAUUGUAUGAAGUUCACCACCAAUUCGGUUAAAAAAUAGUUACAAAUUGCGCUGACAGUGUGUUGUUUUUUAAAGAUCUGUUUUGUACUAAGUACAGUUGGUGAAUAUUUUGUGCCGAUGCAAAAUAUCUCACUGCUGCUAAAGCUGAUUUUGUGAUUGUAAAAAUAAUCUGGUGGUCAGUCUUCAUUGUGCAGAUUUGCUGCACUGUUAGUUUUUUUUUAUUGAAGUUAUUUUGCUGUUCCCCUCAUUCUUUGCGUUAUGAAGCCAGGAAUUAUGGGAAGAAUACAUCAAAACUUUUUUUGUUUCAGAAUCUUGCAUUAUUGCUUAAAGCUGGAGUGUGUACAUUUUCUGAUUUAAAACACUUUUCCUAGAACAGCACAUUAUACAGUUGUGUCACCUGUAAGACAGUUUCCACAUCCCAACCAGCCCAUCACCAGCAACACUACUGACUCAACUAGUGUGAUUAGAUUUGGGCAGGACCAUCAGUUCAUUCAACCAGUAAGGGGAGUGUCAGGAAACCUGUUAGAAUCAUUUUUUGUUGCAUCAUCAUUUUUGCAAUUCCGUUUGAUGACAGAAGGGGAAUUGUAGACUUUAGAUUUUAAUGUCUGCUAAAACCACUACUUUCUUUAGCAUUACUACUGAAAUAACAGCACACAAGGUGUGGAACGCACAAAAUAUGAGGGAAACCUAUCAAAUGCACUGAUGCCAAAAAUGCAAGACUUGAAUCACAAUAAAAUUAUGAAUAGAAACACUGAUUUAAUGAAACAAUGAACAUUUAAUGUUUCACUGGUGAAACAUUUAAAAUGACUUUAUUCCUACUGUAUGUCUUGAAUUGAUUGUAUUAAACUGCUUUCCUGUUUUUCCAGAA